AUGCAACCAUCUACUCACGCCGCUCAAAAAGAUAACUCCGAAGAAAAGAAGGACAACUUCGAUCUUGUCAUCAACUGUUUAAGUAACGUUAGCUGUGUCAUCGUCUAG